GCCGCUUAGGUGCCCGCAAAGAGAGGUAGGUUCGGACACGACUGCGUGCAUGCAGGCAUGGAACCAGUGGCGGAGCCAAGGCCCGGCCACCCUGGGCCAUUGGCCGGGCUCCCUCGCUAGUUGCCCUUUAGGCCUAAAGGCCCAGUACGGAGGAAAAGACGCAUCGCUGCGGCUUCGACUCCAAAGCGUCACGCAGCGUCGCAAUGCAAGCGCUCGAGGGCAGGGCAGCGGCGGCGGACGCACAGUACCGAGGCGCCAUUACUCCAUGGCGGGGGAGGUCGAAGCAACGCUCUAUGCGCCAACCACAACCCCAAUCGGAUCCCAGCAACUACGGCUGCCGGUGGUCGGAGUCCGGCGAGGCAGAGCCAGCGACUGGAGGCAGCCGCGGACAAGGCACAAGUGCCGCCUGCUACCCUGCUGUCAGUCCAGUGCCUGCUGUAUUGGACAACAAAAAUUGCAAAUGGCAGAGAGGAGACUGAGCCAACCAGGGAUGAGGCGUUUUUUGGUGGUUGAUAGAAGGAACUGUCCUGAUGUUGGCGGAAGUAAUGAACCUGAAAGACAUCCAAACAUAGAAGGGCCACGUGAAGCUCCAGUUCAUCCGGAAUCAGAACCAAACAUGGAGAAUUUCACCAGUGAGUUUGAUCCUAAUGAAAUCAUAUGUGAUCCAGCUCUUAGAAAACAAAUAUAUGAGUAUGCACCUGAAAUUCAAGACCAAGUUAGGAGAGCAUACAUAUUGAAAGGUCCAUCACAACCAACAAAUAUAUUGAAAGAUCCAGGUUCAAGGGGCUUUUCUGUGGGUUGGUAUAAGAAAUAUAAUUGGUUAGAAUAUAGUGAAUCCAAAGAUGCUGGUUAUUGCUUUUACUGCUUCCUUUUCAAGCAGCCGGGGAGGGCACAACAUUUUGGUUAUGAUGUAUUUAACAAAACUGGUUGGAGAGAUUGGAAACAUGCAUACAAAGCAUUACCUGACCAUGUUGGUGGUGUAGGUAGUGCUCACAACAAGUGUGUUCAGAAAUAUGGUGACUUUAGAAAUCAAAGACAGAGUGUGCAGAGAGUAUUAAACAGAGCUAGCAAACAAUCAGAGGAAUUAUACCAAACUCGUUUAACUUCUAGUUUAAGAUGUUCAAGAUAUCUCCUAAAGCAAGGACUAGCUUUUCGUGGUCAUGAUGAAUCUUCUUCCUCUUUGAACAAAGGCAAUCUUCGAGAGUUGAUUGAUUUUCUAAAAGACAACAAUGAAGAAGUCAGGGAUGCCUAUGAUCGAGGUGGCUUAAAUUGUAAAAUGACUUCCCCAGAUAUCCAAAAGGAUCUUGCAAGGUGUUGUGCAGAAGAAAUAACCGAAGCAAUUAUGGAAGAGAUUGGCAAUAGGCCAUUCUCUGUUCUCAUCGAUGAAUCACGUGAUAUUGUAGCUUAUCCAUGAUGUCAAAGCUCAGUUUAACACCAUGAGAGAGAGUGGCUGGGAUAACUUAUUUGAUGAGG